UCUGUCUACUACUGACUGUCUACUACUGACUGUCUACUACUGACUCCCACUCUUAUCCAGACCUACACUGCCGCACAGCCGACUGAUGCCAGUGUGCGGGGAUUCUCCUUCCCCGCAGCUUCUUAUUCUUCCCCGAUCGAGCACUUGCACAUCACCUCCCCGACUUAUUUUAUUCUUCCCCAGAUUCUCAUCCUCCGCCGCUCCUCCUUCUUGACGUCACCCCGCUCUCUUCGUCCAGAGCAUCUUCUUCCACUACCCCACCCCCGCUUUCCUUCUCCCCUCCCCCCCUCCUCCUCUCUGUUCUGCGGUCAAUCGAUUCUCCUCGGCGGCUUCGUCGGCAUAUAACCCCUGCUGCUUCUGUUCUGUUAUCUGCUACUCUGCCUUAUAUCUUCUGUCAUCUUAUCUUCCUCUUCCUCUUUCCUCCCUCAUCUCAUAUCUCCCUCACAUCACCUCUCUCACCAUGGCCGCCUUCUCCGCACAGCACCCCGAAGUCGCCGCCCACUUCUCCACCGCAUCAUCCUUCCUCUCAAACCACCUCUACGCCGUCUCCGCCUUCCUCAUCUUCCUCUACUUCCUCCACAAUAAAUUCACCCACGGCCUCUACUCCAUACCCGGCCCCUUCCUCGCCUCCGUCACAGACCUCUGGCGCCUCGUCAGCGUCUACCACGCCCACCACCACGAGACUCUCGUCGCCCUCCACAAAAAGCAUGGCCUCCUCGUCCGCAUCGCCCCCAACGUCGUCUCCAUCGGCGACCCCGCCGCCAUCCAGAUGAUCUACGGCAUCAAGUCAAACUUCAUCAAGACCGGAUUCUACCCGCUCUGGGGAAUCCCCUGGGAGAGAAAGAACCACCACGGCCUCUUCUCCGCCGUCGACCCCGCCUACCACCGCGACCAGAAGAAGCUCGUCGCCGGUUCAUACUCCAUGAGCUCGGUCUUGGAGCUCGAGGCCCAGGUCGACAGCUGCUCGAGGCUCUUCAUGGAGCAGCUCGGCCGCUUCGCCGACCAGGACAAGGUUGUCAACCUCGGCGAGUGGCUCCAGUUCUACGCAUUCGACGUCGUUGGCGAGCUCUCGUUCUCCAAGAAGUUCGGCUUCCUCGAGUCCGGCAAAGACAUCGACCUCAUGAUCCACCAGCUCCAGAAAGUCCUGCCCCUCCUCACUCUCACCGGUCAAGUGCCCUACACGCGCUACCUGUACCUCAACAACCCGCUCAUCCCCUUGCUCUUCCCCAAGAUGCACCAGCAGAGCGGCGUCGUCGACUUCACCGUCAAAGCCAUCAAAGCCCGCGACGGCUUCUUUGACGAAAAGGGCACCGUCAAAACCGCCGCCGUCGGCAAGGACAUGCUCAGCAAGUGGACCACCGUCAUGGAGGAGACAAGCGGCAAGAUGACGACCCUCGACAUCAUGAUCCAGCUCGUGACCCUCGUCUUUGCCGGCUCAGACACCACCGCCAUCGCCCUCCGCGCAAUCAUCUACUUCCUCCUCAAGAACCCGGCCAAGCUCGACAAGCUCGUCGCCGAGCUCGACAACGCAGAGGCAAGCAGACUACUCUCCGAGCCCGUCUCGUACAAGGAGUCCACAACCCAUCUCCCCUACCUCAACGCCUGCAUCAAAGAGGCCAUCCGCAUGCACCCCUCCGUCGGCCUCAUCCUCGAACGCAGAGUUCCCAAGGGCGGCGCGCAGAUCGCAGGCCACUUCUUCCCCGAGGGCACCACCGUCGGCAUCAACGCCUGGGUGAUCCACAACGACCCGACGAUCUUCCCAUCGCCUGAAACAUUCGCGCCCGAGCGCUGGCUCGAGGCCUCACCUUCGAAGCUGCAGGAGAUGAACCAGUGCUGGUUCCCGUUCGGCGCGGGAACGCGCUCGUGUAUCGGCAAAAACAUUAGCAUGAUGGAGAUGAGCAAGGUCGUCCCGCAACUAUUUAGAGAAUACAAGGUUUCGCUCGCGACACCGGACUUGGAGUGGGAGGUUAGAAAUUACUGGUUCGUACAGCAGGAGAACCUCUUUGUCAAGGUCGAGCGACGCCGAGGAGUUUAGUUUUGGUGUUAGUUCUUAGUGAUGAUUUACGGAUAGUUUCAAUACAGUGGUUCUUUA